GGCACGAGAGGAAGAGGGGUUACAAACCCAAUUGCCUAAAGAGUAACGAGUGAUGCUUAUAUGAUCUCAAUAUCUACAUUUAAAAUAUAGACUUUCUUACACUUUUCAUGAGAUUGCAUGUGAAUAUUUUUUUGCAAAAAAUCCAUUUCUUUUAUGCUACAAAUGCACUAAAUUCCAUAGGAUUCUGCUAGUCGGUGGGCGUUGCGCAUUUGGCAAGGAAAAUGGUGUCAAGGGGAUUCGAUUUCUAGCAACUGCGCUGGGAGGCAACUAUGCUAAGCAUAGGUGACCGUCCGACGAGUUUGAGUGGGCUCUCGGGGAUGGGACCCAUCCUUUUUUUACCAAAGAAUUCUGCUAGGAACCAAAAAAAAAGGCAUGUGAUGGAAAGGAGUGAUGACACCCAUGCAAGUGGAGCUCCAACUAUAAUGGAUCAACUUGCAGUAGACUCUUCUCUUCUCUUCUCUUCUCCACCAAUGGCUGGCUAGCGAGGCAUUGCUCUCUCCACGUACAGUUCACAUGAAAUAAAACACCUGCACCAAAGCAUGGUCGUCUAGCAAUGCCUAUUGGACGUUGAAUAAUAUAGCUAAGGUUUCGAG